UGUCUCUCCACCUCUAGCAGCAAGUAAAUAAGUUUAGGAAAAUCAUUUAUUACAACAAGAAAAUGUCUUCGUCCGAGCUGGAAAUACAAAAGGCCGCCGAUGGCCAGCAGGAGCAGCAGGUGCCGGCUGGCGCGGAGAUCGUGGGCGCCAAGGAGCCGGAGGCGGAUACAAAUGCCAGUACUCAGGCGGAACGCGAUUUUGCCGCGGCCGAGCAGUACAAAAAUCAGGGAAAUGAUAUGCUCAAAACCAAGGAGUUCUCCAAAGCCAUCGACAUGUACACCAAAGCCAUAGAACUGCAGCCCAACAGUGCGAUAUAUUACGCCAACCGAUCCCUGGCGCACUUGCGUCAGGAGAGCUUCGGCUUCGCCCUGCAGGAUGGUGUUUCGGCGGUGAAGGCGGAUCCCGCCUACCUUAAGGGCUACUACCGCCGGGCAGCGGCGCACAUGUCCCUGGGGAAGUUUAAGCAGGCCCUCUGCGACUUUGAAUUCGUGGCCAAGUGCCGGCCCAACGAUAAGGACGCCAAGCUGAAGUUCACCGAGUGCAACAAGAUCGUCAAAAUGCGCGCCUUUGAGCGGGCCAUUGCGGUGGAUAAGCCCGAGAAGACGCUCUCCGAGAUGUACAGGGACAUGGAGAACAUAACUAUCGAGGAUGACUACAAGGGACCACAGCUGGAGGACGGUAAGGUGACAUUGAAGUUCAUGAAGGACUUGAUGGAGCAUUACAAGGGACAGAAGCGACUGCACCGAAAGUUUGCCUACAAAAUACUCUGCGAGAUUGAUACGUACAUGCGGGCUCAGCCCUCGCUGGUGGACAUCACUGUGCCGGAUGAAGAGAAGUUCACGAUCUGCGGUGACAUCCACGGUCAAUUCUACGAUCUGAUGAACAUCUUCGAGAUUAAUGGCCUGCCCUCUGAGAAGAAUCCCUAUCUGUUCAAUGGCGAUUUCGUGGACAGGGGCUCCUUCUCCGUGGAAUGCAUAUUCACGUUGUUCGGAUUCAAGUUGCUGUAUCCCAAUCACUUUUUCUUGUCGCGCGGCAACCACGAAAGUAUCAACAUGAACCAAAUGUACGGAUUCACUGGCGAGGUGACAGCCAAGUACACCAGCGCCAUGGCCGACAUAUUUACGCAAGUGUUCAAUUGGCUACCGCUGUGCCACUGCAUCAACCAGAAGAUACUGGUGAUGCACGGAGGGCUCUUCUCCACGGACAACGUGACCCUGGACAAUAUACGGCGCAUUGAGCGCAACUGCCAGCCGCCCGAGGAAGGUCUUAUGUGCGAGCUCCUGUGGUCCGAUCCCCAACAGUGGGCGGGCCGGGGGCCAUCCAAAAGAGGUGUGGGCAUCCAGUUUGGGCCGGACGUUACAGAAACGUUCUGCCAGAACAACAACCUGGACUACAUCAUACGAAGCCACGAGGUGAAGGAUAUGGGCUACGAGGUGGCCCACAACGGCAAAUGCAUAACAGUCUUCUCAGCUCCGAACUAUUGUGAUACUAUGGGCAACAUGGGUGCAUUUAUAACCAUUACGGGUAACAAUUUGAAACCAAAUUACAAAUCAUUCGAGGCUGCGCCACAUCCCGACGUCAAGCCCAUGGCAUAUGCCAACAGCCUUAUGAACUGGCUGGCGUAGUCAGUUUUCAAUUAACUUCAAAAGCUAAACGCAUACUCCCACACACCACAUACAAAUUUACAAACAGCUUGAGAACCCACAACCGCAGAGCAGCCCAGCUUUAAACGAUCAAAGGAGAGUCAAAGGAUUCUGAGAUGCUCAAUAGACUUUAUGCACACUGCGAGCUGCUUCACUACUUAAGUACGAGUAUUGCGAGUCAAUAAAGCGCAGGACGAGAGGACGGCGCGGAAAGGAUAAGGAUCACAAAUAGAGAACAGCAAUCAUUUUAUAAAUUCAGCUAUAUUUGAUACAGAACGAAAUGUUAUAGUGUAUAGUGGCUUUAGAAGUCGGAUGCUAAGUUUUAUCGGUGCCAAGCAUCUGCGGUUCCAAUUGUAAGUGAAAUUGAAAGAAAAUGUUUGUUUAUGCAUAGCAUUUAGUUAUGGCUACCAAAACAUAAUAUACGAGUACAUAUAUAAAAUUCUA